AAUCAGUUCAUGACACUCACCGGGACUGACCCGGGACAGCAGAGCGCCCCGCAGACAUGGAGGAGUCACCUGCAGAGGACAAACGACUGGACUUUAUAGCGGACUACGUGCUGAGGACUCUGAAGCUGAAACAGGACAAAUGGCAGAAGUGCGUGUCCAGCGAGGACAACAGACAGGUGCUGCAGGAGUUCUUGGACAGAGCCGAGCAGAGGACGCUGGUGGUGUCUGUGACCGCAGCCGGACUGCUGCAGCCCGCCGCCGCCUUCACGGCCGGCGCCAAGAACAAGGCGGUGUACUUUGUGAAGCAAAGAAAAGCAGCGCUGAGUCCAGACUCCAUGAAGGAUAACUUGGUCUACGGGGACUUGUCUUACGCUCCACUGGAUCAGUUUUCUGCUCUAGUUGAGGAGGUUGUGGCCCCACUGCUGUCUAACAGUAGGAACCACACUGAGUGGCCACAGGUAGUGUCUCAGGAUGUCAGACGCCACGUCCACUCCCUCAAGACCAAUGUGUUUGUGGUGUCAGGCCAAGUCCAAGGCAAGACUCUGUUGCCUCUCCCUGCGAACUCUGAGAGAGUAGAGCAAGCUGCCCUGGAGACAGACAAAAGGGGGGAAAUGGUGGAUAAAAGCAUCAUUCACUCCUUGGAGUCAGCAGUGAUUGAGUGGAGCCAUCAGAUCCGCGCCGUCCUGAAGAAAGACUCCUCUGAGGCUCUGCUGGAAGGCAAAAACCCCACACCACACACAGAGCUGCUCUUCUGGAAGAACAGAUAUGCAGAUCUGGAGUGCAUCCACUCCCAGUUAAAUUCCUCUAAGGUGAAUAAGAUGGCGAUGCUGUUGGAGGCUGUCGAGAGCAGCUAUUUCCCUGCCUUUGCUAACAUGCAACAGGACGUCCUGGCAGCCUUGGAGGAAGCGAAGGACAUCUGCACCUACUUGAGGCCCCUGCAGCGCCUGUUUGAGGACAUGGAAAACGCAGAGUUUCCUGAUGUCAGGGGUCAGAUCGGACCUUUGAUGCACACAGUGUGUCUGGUGUGGGCCAACUCCAGAUACUAUAACACCCCAGCACGCCUCAUCGUUCUGCUGCAGGAGACCUGCAACCUCCUCAUACAGCAGGCCCGGGUGUAUCUAGUUCCAGAAGAGGUUCUGAGAGGAGAGGUAUCAGAGAGCCUCCUGAAGGUGCAGACGAGCCUGGAGAUCCUGCAGCUCUUCAGGUCCACUUACGAGGACCGUAGGGCCAAUCUGAACCAGUACCAGAGGAACGGGAGCUUGGUGAGGCCGUGGGACUUCUCCUCACAGUUGGUCUUCUCUGGACUCGACCACUUUAUUAGCAGAGUCAAGACCAUUAAAGACAUCCUGUUCACAGCUGUGGACUUGCUGAAGCUUGAGAAAUUGGAGAUUGGAGGUGUCCGAGGCCGAGCCCUAAGCCAGCAGGUCCAGCUGCUCCAUCAAGAGUUCGUGGACAGUUACAAAGUCUUCACUGAGAAGCCGUAUGACUGCUUGGACCUCAACAACAGGGAGUAUGAAGAAGACGUGAGGGAGUUCAAACUUAAGGUGGACGACGCAGACCGACGACUAGGAGCAGUCUUCUGUCAGGCCUUUGAGGACGCCUCCGGACUGGAGCACGCCUUUAAGGUUCUGGAUAUGUUUGGAAGCUUGCUGGAGCGCCCCUUAGUGGCCACAGAUGCUCUGGACAGAUACCCUCUCCUUGUCUCCAUGUUUAACAAAGAGCUGGACUGCUGUAAACUCCUUUACAGCAAACACAUCCAGACUGCAGAGGAGCUGGGUUGGACUCCAGUGAAUAAGAACAUGCCAGCAGUAGCUGGUGGGCUGAGAUGGGCCCAGGAGCUACAGCAGCGCAUCCAGACCCCCUUCACCAAAUUCAGACACCUCUCCUACCCGUGCCUGGAGUCUGCAGAAGGAGCCAGGGUCAUUCAGAAGUAUGAGGAGAUGAUGCAACUGCUGGACAGAUACUCCUCAAGCCUGUAUGAGACAUGGACGGAGACCGUGGGCGAGAGUUCUCAGUACAACCUCAGUCUGCCAUUACUCAGCAGAGACCCGGCCACUCGGCUCAUCUCAGUCAACUUCAACCCGCAGCUGGCAUCCGUGCUGAGGGAAGUGAAGUACCUGGAGGCCAGACAGACCGAGGCCAUCCCUGAAACUGCAGUGCAGAUCUACACCACCAGGGGGCAACUGUGGCAGUAUGUGGCCAACCUGGAGCUCACCGUGGGCCGAUACAACAAGGUGAUGCACUCUGUGCUCGACGUGGAGCAGCCUCUGGUUCAGGGCCAGCUGGGGGACAUUGAUGCUCAGCUCAAAAAGGCGGAGGAAAGUCUGAACUGGAACAGCCAAGAUAUUUGGCAGUACAUCCAGGAGGUGCGAGACUCUGUCUGUGACCUGGAGAGCCGACUCCAGAGGGCCAAAGACAACGUACAGGAGAUCCAGAGUUGCAUGAGGUCCUGGGCCAGCCCCUUGUUUGACAGGAAGGAGGGCAAAAAAGAUGCACUGCUCAGCCUGGAUGACAGGGCCGAGAGGCUGGAAAGGUUUUACAGCCUGAUACAGUCCUCUGGAGAAAAGAUCCACUUCCUGCUUAAGAGCAAUCUGGAGCUGUUCAGAGGCGAGCAGGCCUCCGAGGAGUGGAAGGCCUACGUGGAGUACAUCGACGACAUGAUCAUCGACGGAUUCUUCAACAGUAUUGAGUGCUCUCUCAAGUUCUUCCUGGACAACACUGACCAGAGAGCGUCUGUGGCCCCUCUAUUUGAGGCUCAGCUGGAUCUGAAGGUUCCUGACAUAGUGUUCACUCCACCUCUGGAUUUUGGGGCGGGAGACAGUUUCUUUGAGCUGGUGGAGAGCCUCAUCAAUGAUGUGUUCAGAAUCUCCUCGCUGGUGCCACGGCUCGCCCAGCACAGCCCCUUCCCCCACUACCAGGCUGACAUGGAGGACAUGGCUGAUCUGGCAGACAUGCGCAAUCUCCUAAUGGAACGUGCGCAGGGCGUCAUGGCAACGUGCUGCGAGUUUCGCAACUCUCUGGACCGCUACAGCUACCUGUAUGUGGACGACAGGAAGGAGUUCAUGCGUCAGUUCCUUCUGUACGGUCAUGUUCUCAACAGCCAGGAGAUGGAGGGUUACACUGAGGACAGCGUCUCAGAGAGCCCGCCAACGCUGGAUAACUUCAGAGAGCAAGUGGACGGGUAUGAGAAGAUCUACGAGGAGGUGCAGGGUCUGGAGCCUGUGCAUGUGUUCCACGGGUGGAUGAGAGUGGAUGGCCGUAGCAUGAAGAGUGCCUUGCUCAACAUCAUCAAAAAGUGGAGCUUCAUGUUCAAACAGCACCUCAUCGACCAUGUAACCAACAGUCUGUCAGAUCUGGAGAAGUUCAUCAGUGUGGCUGAGGCUGGCCUGAACCAGCAGGUGGAGGAAGGCGACUAUGGUGGCCUAGUGGGGGUCAUGGGUCACCUGCUGGCUGUUAAGGACAGACAAAGCACCACAGAUGCCAUGUUUGAGCCCCUGCAACAAACCAUCGCUCUGCUGAAGGUCUAUGAGCAGGAGCUUCCUGAUGUGGUCUACAAACAGUUGGAGGAGUUGCCAGAGAAGUGGAACAAUGUGAGAAAGCAGGCUGUGUUAGUCAAACAGCAGGUGGCGCCUCUGCAAGCCAUCGAGGUGACCAGCCUGCGUCGGAAGUGCGCCUCAUUCGACGUGGAGCAGCACACCUUCAGAGAAAACUUUCGCAACAACGGGCCCUUCAGGUUUGACAGCGAGAGCCCCUACCAGAUGUUGGACGCAUUCCAUCAGCAGAUCCAGGAGCGGGAGGCAGUGAUGGCCUCCCUGGUGGAAUCUGCCAGCCUGUUCGAGGUCACCGUCUCUGAGUACAAACAGCUCCGACAAUGCAGGCGUGAGGUGAGCCUGCUGAAGGAGCUGUGGGACAUGAUCACCGUGGUGGAAUCCAGCAUGGCGGCAUGGAGGACGACUCCCUGGAGAGAGAUCCAUGUGGAGGACAUGGAGCUGGAGUGCAAACGCUUCUCUAAAGAUAUUCGGGGGCUGGAUAAAGAGGUCAGAGCGUGGGAGGCCUUCUCAGGUUUGGACAGCAGGGUGAAGAACCUCCUCAUCUCCCUCCGGGCCGUGGCAGAGCUCCAAAACCCAGCCAUACGAGCCCGACACUGGCAUGAGCUGAUGGCUGCUACUGGAGUCCGCUUCACCAUGGACCAGGAGACCACUCUGGCUGACCUGCUGCAGCUGAACCUGCACUGCUUUGAAGAGGAGGUGAGAGGGAUCGUGGACAAGGCUGUUAAAGAGAUGGGCAUGGAGAAAGUCCUCUCUGAGCUCAACUCCACAUGGACAGGUAUGCAGUUCCAGUAUGAGCCCCACCACCGGACCCAGGUGCCUCUGCUGCGCACAGACGAGGAGCUGAUCGAGACACUGGAAGACAACCAGGUACAGCUGCAGAACCUCAUGUCGUCCAAGUACAUCGCCCACUUCCUGGACGAAGUGUCGUCAUGGCAGAGCAAGCUGUCCGUGGCAGACUCUGUCAUCUCCAUCUGGUUCGAGGUGCAGCGGGCGUGGACCCACCUGGAAAGUAUCUUUAUUGGCUCAGAAGACAUCCGCUCACAGCUGCCUGAGGACUCCAGGCGCUUCGAGGGGAUUGAUGCCGAUUUCAAAGAGCUGGCAAACGCCGUGCAUCAAACGCCCAACGUAGUGGAGGCCACCAAUAAACCGGGUCUGUUUGGUAAACUGGAGGACAUCCAGAGCAGGCUGUCUCUGUGUGAAAAAGCCCUGACAGAAUACCUGGACACCAAGCGUCUGGCCUUUCCGAGAUUUUACUUCAUCUCUUCGGCUGAUCUGCUGGACAUCCUGUCUAAUGGGACCAACCCGCACCAGGUCCAGAAGCAUCUGUCUAAGCUCUUUGACAACAUGGCUAAGAUGCAAUUUGAGGCAGACGGAGAGGGGAAUCCUUCUAAAACUGGUCUUGGCAUGUACAGCAAAGAGGAGGAGUACGUCCCCUUUAAUCAGUCCUGUGACUGCACUGGACAGGUGGAGGUGUGGUUGAACCGGGUUCUGGACACCAUGCGCUCCACGGUCCGUCACGAGAUGACCGAGGCUGUGAUGGCGUAUGAGGACAAACCCAGAGAGCAGUGGCUGUUUGACUAUCCGGCUCAGGUGGCGUUGACCUGCACUCAGAUCUGGUGGACGUCUGACGUCGGUAUGGCGUUCGCCCGUCUGGAGGAGGGCUAUGACAACGCUCUGAAGGAGUACUACAAGAAACAGGUGUCCCAGCUCAACACUCUCAUCUCCAUGCUGAUUGGGCAGCUUACACCAGGCGACCGGCAGAAGGUCAUGACCAUCUGCACCAUCGACGUCCACGCCAGAGACGUGGUGGCGAAAAUGAACGCUCAGAAGGUGGAGAAUUCUCAGGCCUUUGUGUGGCUCUCCCAGCUGAGACACCGCUGGGAUGAGAAGGAGAAGCAUUGUUUUGCCAACAUUUGUGACGCCCAGUUUCUCUACUCCUACGAAUACCUGGGCAACACGCCACGAUUAGUCAUCACUCCUCUAACAGACAGAUGCUACAUCACCCUGACCCAGUCCCUCCACCUGACCAUGAGCGGAGCUCCGGCGGGGCCCGCAGGCACAGGGAAGACCGAGACGACCAAAGACUUGGGCCGAGCCCUGGGCAUCAUGGUCUACGUAUUUAACUGCUCCGAGCAGAUGGACUACAAGUCUUGUGGGAGCAUCUACAAAGGCCUGGCUCAGACGGGGGCAUGGGGCUGCUUUGACGAAUUUAACAGGAUCUCAGUGGAGGUGCUGUCUGUGGUGGCUGUGCAGGUCAAAAGCAUCCAGGACGCCAUUCGAGAUAAGAAGCAGAGGUUUAACUUCAUGGGAGAGGAGGUGAAUCUUUGCCCCUCUGUCGGCAUCUUCAUCACGAUGAAUCCGGGCUACGCUGGCAGGACUGAGCUUCCUGAGAACCUCAAGGCCCUGUUCAGACCGUGUGCCAUGGUGGUGCCAGACUUCGAGCUGAUCUGUGAAAUCAUGCUGGUGGCCGAGGGCUUCCUUAACGCUCGCGUCCUCGCUAGGAAGUUUAUCACCCUCUACACGCUGUGUAAAGAGCUGUUGUCCAAACAGGACCACUACGACUGGGGCCUCCGAGCCAUCAAAUCCGUCUUGGUGGUGGCCGGCUCUCUGAAGAGAGGAGACCCCGGCCGAGCGGAGGACCAGGUGCUGAUGCGAGCUCUGAGAGACUUCAACAUCCCCAAGAUCGUGACCGAUGACAUGCCCGUGUUCAUGGGGCUGAUUGGGGACCUGUUUCCUGCUCUGGACGUCCCAAGGAAGAGAGACCUGGACUUUGAGAAGCACGUGAAGGAGUCCAUUCUGGACUUGAAGUUACAGGCCGAGGACAAUUUUGUACUCAAGGUGGUCCAGCUGGAGGAGCUGCUGGCGGUGCGUCACUCUGUGUUUGUGAUCGGGAACGCAGGCACUGGGAAGAGCCAGGUGAUGAGGUCACUCCAGAGGACCUAUCAGAACAUGAAGCGCAGACCCGUGUGGGCGGACCUCAACCCAAAGGCUGUGACCAAUGACGAGCUUUUUGGCAUCAUCAACCCGGCAACCAGAGAAUGGAAAGAUGGCCUGUUUUCCAAUAUAAUGCGUGAACUGGCCAAUGUCAGUCACAGCGGACCUAAAUGGAUUGUUUUGGAUGGAGAUAUUGACCCGAUGUGGAUUGAGUCACUCAACACAGUCAUGGAUGACAACAAGGUGCUGACUCUGGCCAGUAAUGAGCGGAUCCCUCUGAACCCCACCAUGAGGCUUGUGUUUGAGAUCAGCCAUCUUCGCACUGCUACCCCUGCUACUGUAUCGAGAGCAGGCAUCCUGUACAUAAACCCAGCAGACCUCGGCUGGAACCCGCCGGUGUCCAGCUGGAUCGACAGGAGGGAGGUCCAGUCAGAGAAGGCCAACCUGACCAUACUGUUUGACAAGUACCUCCCCUCUUGCCUGGAUACUCUCAGAUCAAGGUUUAAAAAGAUCAUCCCUAUCCCUGAGCAGAGUAUGGUCCAGAUGCUGUGCUACUUGCUGGAGUGUCUGCUGACUCCAGAAAACACCCCGCCAGACUGUGCCAAAGAACUUUAUGAGCUAUAUUUUGUCUUUGCUGCGGUCUGGGCCUUUGGGGGAGCCAUGUUCCAAGACCAGCUGGUCGACUACCGAGUGGAGUUCAGCAAGUGGUGGGUGGCUGAGUUCAAAACCAUCAAGUUCCCAUCCCAGGGCACCGUGUUUGAUUACUACAUCGACCCGGAGAGCAAGAAGUUUGAACCCUGGUCCAAGAUAGUGCCCAAGUUUGAGAUGGAUGCAGAUACACCACUUCAGGCAUGUCUGGUCCACACUACAGAGACCAUUCGAGUUCGUUACUUCAUGGACCGUCUCCUGGAACACCGCCGGCCUGUCAUGCUGGUCGGGAAUGCUGGGACAGGGAAGUCUGUUCUGGUUGGGGACAAACUGGGAUCAUUGGAUGCAGAGAAAUACAUGAUUAAAAAUGUCCCAUUUAACUAUUACACCACGUCUGCAAUGCUCCAAGCCGUGUUGGAAAAGCCCCUUGAGAAAAAGGCCGGACGCAACUACGGACCUCCAGGCAGCAGGAGACUGAUCUACUUCAUAGACGACAUGAACAUGCCUGAGGUGGAUGCAUAUGGAACGGUGCAACCUCACACACUCAUACGCCAACACGUGGACUACAACCACUGGUAUGACCGUAAUAAGCUGCUUUUGAAGGAAAUACACAACGUUCAAUACGUGUCCUGCAUGAACCCCACAGCCGGCAGCUUCACCAUCAAUCCACGACUGCAGCGGCACUUCUCUGUCUUUGCCCUGUCGUUUCCCGGAGCCGAGGCCUUGAGCACCAUCUACACCUCCAUCCUGUCUCAGCACCUGAGAGGAGAGGGCUUCAGUGCCGCCCUGCAGAAGAGCUGUCCCAACGUGGUCCAAUUAGCACUGGCGCUGCACCAACGCAUCUCCUCCACCUUCCUCCCCACCGCAGUAAAGUUCCACUACAUCUUCAACCUGCGGGACCUCUCCAACAUAUUCCAGGGCAUUCUCUUCUGUACCGGCGAGUGUCUCAAAGCCCCUCCGGACCUGCUGAAAAUCUACCUGCACGAGUCCAACCGGGUCUACAGAGACAAGCUGGUGGAGGAGCAGGACUUUCAGGUCUUUGAUAAGCUGCAGGCGGACACAGUGAAAAAGUUCUACGAGGACGUGGAGGAGACUCUGGAGCAGACCAGGGAGAUGAACCUGUACUGCCACUUUGCCCGUGGGCUGGGGGAGGCCAGGUACAUGGCUGCGGAGUCCUGGACCAGCCUCAAUAAAACCCUGCUAGAGGUGCUGGACAGCUACAAUGAGGUCAACGCCACACUAAACUUGGUGCUGUUUGAGGACGCCAUGGCUCACAUCUGCCGUAUAAACCGAAUCCUGGAGUCUCCGCGGGGCAACGCACUGCUGGUCGGAGUGGGCGGCAGCGGCAAGCAGAGUCUGACCCGAUUGGCCGCCUUCAUCUCCAAUCUGGAGGUUUUCCAGAUCACCUUGAGAAAAGGCUACAGUAUCACAGACCUCAAGACUGACCUGGCAUCCCUCUACAUCAAAGCUGGCGUGAAGAAUAUUGGCACCGUGUUCCUAAUGACUGACGCCCAAGUGGCAGACGAGAAGUUCCUCGUUCUGGUCAACGAUCUGCUGGCAUCGGGAGAGAUUCCUGACCUGUUCCCAGACGACGAGGUGGAGAACAUCAUUGGCAGCAUGAGGCCAGAGGUCCGCAGCUCGGGAUUGAUGGAUACAAGGGAAAACUGCUGGAAGUUCUUCAUCGACCGGGUUCGCAGACAGCUCAAGGUUGCUCUGUGUUUCUCUCCAGUGGGUAGUAAACUGAGGGUUCGCAGCAGGAAGUUCCCCGCCGUGGUGAACUGCACAGCGAUCGACUGGUUCCACGAGUGGCCGCAGGAGGCUCUGGAGUCGGUCAGCUUUAGGUUCCUCCAGGAGGUGGAAAAUAUUGAACCUCAAGUGAAGGAGUCGGUCAGUAAAUUCAUGGCCUACGUGCACAUGAGUGUCAAUCAGACAUCCAAGGAGUACCUGGCCAACGAGCGGCGCUACAAUUACACCACGCCCAAGUCUUUCCUGGAGCAGAUCAAACUGUAUCGCAGUCUGCUGGGCCAGAGGAGCAAAGACCUCACCACCAAGAUGGAGCGGCUAGAGAACGGCCUGCAGAAGCUCAACAGCACCUCCACUCAGGUGGAUGACCUUAAGGCCAAGCUGGCUGCUCAAGAAGUGGAACUCAAGCAGAAGAACGAAGACGCUGACAAGCUGAUCCAGGUGGUCGGGAUAGAAACUGAGAAGGUGUCCAAGGAGAAGGCAGUCGCUGACGAGGAAGAGGAAAAGGUGGCGGCCAUUGCUGUUGUGGUCAGCGGCAAACAGAGAGACUGCGAGGAAGACUUAGCCAAAGCUGAACCAGCUCUCCUAGCUGCUCAGGAUGCCCUUAACACUCUCAAUAAGAACAACUUGACAGAGUUGAAGUCGUUCGGCUCUCCGGUGGCGGCGGUGACCAACGUCACGGCGGCCGUCAUGGUCCUGACAGCACCCGGUGGCAAAGUCCCAAAGGAUCGUAGCUGGAAGGCCGCAAAGGUGAUGAUGGCCAAAGUGGAUGCGUUCCUGGACUGUCUGAUCAACUUCAACAAAGAGAACAUCCCAGAGACUUGUCUGAAAGCUAUUCAGCCUUACCUGCAGGAUCCAGAGUUCCAGCCAGAGCUGGUGGCCUCCAAGUCGAACGCGGCGGCCGGCCUGUGCUCCUGGGUUUUGAACAUUGUCAAGUUCUACGAGGUUUACUGCGAGGUGGAGCCCAAGCGUCAGGCUCUGAGCAAGGCCAACGCAGAGCUGGCUGCUGCACAGGAGAAGCUCUCCGCCAUCAAGAGCAAGAUCAAUCACCUUAAUGAGAACCUGGCCAAGCUGACAGCCAAGUUUGAGAAAGCCACUGCAGACAAGCUCAAGUGCCAACAGGAAGCAGAAUCAACCGCGCACACCAUUUCCCUGGCCAACCGUCUGGUGGGAGGUCUGGCAUCUGAGAACGUCCGCUGGGCGGAGGCUGUAGAAAACUUUAAGAAACAGGAGAGGACUCUCUGCGGGGACGUCCUCCUCAUCACCGCCUUCAUCUCCUACCUGGGAUACUUCACCAAGCGCUAUAGGCUCCAGCUCAUGGACAACACAUGGAGGCCUUAUCUCAGUCAGCUGCAGGUUCCCAUCCCAGUGACCCCCGACCUGGACCCUCUGACCAUGCUGACAGAUGACGCGGAUAUUGCGGCGUGGCAGAAUGAGGGGCUGCCCGCCGACAGGAUGUCCACCGAGAACGCCACCAUUCUUACUUCCUGCCAGCGCUGGCCCCUCAUGGUGGACCCCCAGCUGCAGGGCAUCAAGUGGAUCAAAACCAAAUACGGCGAAGACCUGCGCAUCAUCCGCAUUGGACAGAGAGGGUACCUGGACGCCAUAGAGAGAGCACUGGCAGCAGGCGAUGUGGUUCUGAUAGAGAACUUGGAGGAAACGUUGGAUCCUGUUCUUGGACCUCUGCUGGGCAGAGAAACCAUUAAGAAGGGCAGGUAUAUAAAGAUCGGAGACAAGGAGUGCGAGUACAACCCCAGCUUCCGCCUCAUCCUGCACACCAAGCUCGCCAACCCUCACUACCAGCCGGAGCUGCAGGCCCAGUGCACCUUGAUAAAUUUCACAGUGACCAGAGACGGUCUGGAGGACCAGCUGCUGGCCGCGGUGGUCAGCAUGGAGAGGCCUGACCUGGAACAGCUAAAGUCCGACCUGACCAAGCAGCAAAACGGUUUCAAGAUCACUCUGAAGACGCUGGAGGACAACCUGCUGUCCCGUUUGUCCUCGGCUUCGGGAAACUUCCUGGGCGACACAGAGCUGGUGGAAAACCUGGAGACGACCAAACGCACCGCUGCCGAGAUUGAAGAGAAGGUAAAAGAAGCCAAGGUGACAGAGGCUAAAAUCAAUGAGGCUCGGGAGCACUACCGACCAGCAGCAGCAAGGGCUUCCUUAUUGUACUUCAUAAUGAACGACCUCAAUAAAAUCCACCCCAUGUACCAGUUCUCUCUCAAGGCGUUCAGUGUGGUCUUCCAGAAGGCGGUUCUGAAGGCCGAGCCGGACGAGGCUCUGAAGCAGCGGGUGUCCAACCUAAUUGACAGCAUCACCUCCUCGGUUUUCCAGUACACCACCAGAGGCCUGUUUGAGUGUGACAAGCUCACGUACAUCGCUCAGCUCGCCUUCCAGGUCCUGCUGAUGAAUAAAGAAAUAAACCCUGCAGAGCUGGACUUCCUUCUGAGAUACCCUGUCCAACCAGGUGUAACAUCACCAGUGGAUUUCCUAUCCAACCACUCCUGGGGAGGGAUCAAGUCCCUGUGCUCAAUGGAAGAGUUCAGGAACCUGGACAGAGACAUUGAGGGCUCGGCCAAACGCUGGAAGAAGUUUGUGGAGUCGGAGUGUCCAGAGAAAGAGAAAUUCCCCCAGGAGUGGAAGAACAAAACCUCGCUCCAGAGGCUGUGCAUGAUGAGGGCCCUGAGGCCUGACCGUAUGACGUACGCCGUCAGAGACUUUGUAGAGGAGAAACUGGGGAGCAAGUACGUGAUUGGCAGAUCACUGGACUUCGCCGUCUCCUUUGAAGAGUCGGGUCCGGCUACGCCCAUGUUCUUCAUCCUCUCUCCCGGAGUUGACCCUUUGAAGGAUGUGGAGAAACAUGGGAAGAAGCUGGAAGGCAGGCUGGAGUUUUAGUUUUACAAUAUUUCCUGGAGCCAGAGGUGCUCUGAAAUGAUCUCAUUGGUCUAAAAUCCCCAGUUUGAUACGUGAAAGCACAGUUUAUACUGUACAUUUAUAAAGUAAAUUUAAAAUACUGUCACAUUUCUGUUUCUCUUAGUUUUAUGAAAAGAUCUUUAUCAACGUUACAUACUUGACGUAAAGUAUAUUUCAUAAGUUAACUUGCAUACGUAAAAUACAGCAGCAUUGACAUUGGUUUCACACAUCGCUUUCCUGGGUGAAAGUCCUGUCUUUCUUUGACUCAUCUGCCCCGUCCCCGCUCCCUUUUCAGACGUUGGUGCUCUUAAUACUGCACCUUCAUACGCACGUAGACUUUUCACAUCUAGGCGAGGCAAAACGUGACACUGACACGGUAUCCUCCAGUGGAUUGGGCUUAAAUGCAUCCCAUUUCAAAACUAUUAAAAUGAUAAGUCUAUUAGUUAUAUAAUAUAUUUUAUAUAUUUACAUGAAAGUUUAUUUCAGAGAUUUGGAUUCUUGAUAUAAACGGACAUAAAUGUCAUUUAGCUUACAGCAAAUUUUAGCGCUGUCACUUUUUAUUUGAAAAUGAAAUAUUAAUUCAAAUUCUCAUUGUAUGAGCACAACAGUCCAUGCCUUGUAUACUCCAGCAGUGAGUGUUAUUAAAAUGCACUUUGAUCUAUUACAUGCCCUGUUGCUUCAUCAGUGAACUAGACUAAAUGGAGAAAACUAGCAAGCUGAACGGCUGAAUGGAUAAUCACGACAUGUAACCAUCUGAAAACUAAUGUGAGGUAUCAUUUUGGAUUCAGCCCCAUAUGUGGAAAGAAAUUGGAUCAAGGUGUGGCUGCUUUUAAAUCACAACUGCCUGAUAUUAAUGUUAGCUUGUCAGCCAAGUGAGGGAGCAGAGGGACAUAGAAAAACAGGAUAGUUAAUUCUGCAAUGUAUUUUACUGCAUUCUACUUUAUUUAAAUGAAUUACAUGUUAGACUGAAUUAUUAUUAUAUAUAAUUAUGAAAGUAAAUAGUAUAAAAUGCUACUGAACCCAAAACCUAACUGACUCUUAAAGAAUACCAUGGUCCCCAUGUCGAACCGUCAUGUUUCUACAGAAACCCAGAAGGAACAAACAAAAACUGGCUCUAGAUAAGGCUGUUUGUAUUUUUCGCAUGUUUCAUGGCCACUGUAGCUCAUAAGCUCAGUAUUUCUAGAAUCCCGGCUACAUCCCUGGUUGCUGGCUUCAUAUACAGUCUAAGGUUAGUAUCAGUAAGCACUAGGUCUCUUAGUCUCUUUCCUCUUGCCUUUUAAGUUUGACAUCACUAUUCAAGAAAACUGUUUAUUUGCUAUGUUAACUCAGCCAAUGGGUUGAAUGCGUGAGGCUUUGAGAAAUGGUUGCAUAUCUAAAACUCCAACUUGCUGGUGGCAGUGAUGGGGUGGGGGGGGGUUAUAGGCGGUCACACCAGGCACUCAGUGAGCAUGUGGUGCGGGACUGACUUGACAGGUGACUUGGUGGUUUGACGGGGAGGAAACAGCGGUCCAAAAAAGAAAGGAAAAAAAAAAAACGAGACAACACACCAAACAACAGAUGUGUGCUGGAGAGUGACCCUGCUCGUGACAGUGCUGUGAUGUGAUCUGGGACGGGGCAGGGACUGGUGCCUGGCUGUCGUUGAUGUGACGUGAUAUGAUGCCUGGAAGCACAGUGGGGGCAACUGGACUGAAGCCCUCUUUUAUUCUCGCUCUCAUCGUCUUUCUCUUUAUCUCUCUUUCUCACACAUGCACCCACACAAACAUCCGCAGUCUGUCCCAUUCACCGCCGUGUUCCUUGCUCUGUCAAUCGUAUCUGUCCUACCAUGCUGCCACCCACUUUCCUUCACUCCUUAAUUCUUUCUUGUCCAUUCAGUAUUCCCCUCUCUCUCAUUUUCUUUCUCGCUCCUGCUCUAUCUCGCUUUCCCCAGUGGGGCUGUGAGUCUGUCACGCAGUGCAGAGCAGCGGGCAUGGGUGCGGCUCCAGACCAGCCUCCAAUGGAUAGAUAAAAAUAGGGCUUUAGUAACUGCUGCAGGAUGGAGAGAAGGAGAGGAAUAAGAAGAGAUGGAGAUAAGAGAAUCUAAAAGGGAAAAAAGGAGAGUGAAAUACAAGAAGGACAGAAAAUAGAAGGGUAUAAAAAGGAGGGAAGCUCAGGACGGAGGGGUGGCGGCAGGGCCGGGCAACAGCAGGGGGUCCUGGGAGCUGCAGGGAGGGGGUUCGAAGGAUGUGAACGAUCUGUGAGUGGACUGUCUGCCACACUGCAUCAAUAAGGGAAGAAUUGACUCAGACUGUGGCAUGCUGUUAGCUAUCUCAAUUGCAAACACAUUUCACUGCUUCAUCACGAUGGACAGUACACCACACAGACCUGGCUCAAAUAGUCUUUGCAAAUCUUAAAAAGUCUAGUGAUAUUUUAUAUUUUUCUUAUUGCCAACAAAUCCAGUAUGAAGACCAAAACCAAUAAUUAAUUGUUCCUAACAUGUACUGCAUCUCUAGCCAAAGCCUAUACUGGGCACUGGGUGUAACUUCAUUCAGAUAAACACUGCCACUGUAGUAUCUUUCAGGUCAAUCUCACAUAUCCUGAUCAUCAGACUGAUUUUGCUUUACUUUAUUUUUUCUGCCUGACACUUCUGUUCAUGUUAGCCAAUUUGUUAUUGAAAGGGUUUAGUUUGCUUUUUUUGGCCCUAACUUAUCAGUAGCUCUGGACAUAUGACAUGCCGACCCCAUUUGGGGCCCACAGAGCAUGGGCAGUAUGCAUUCAUCUGAGUAAUGUUACAGCAGGAAGUGGUUUUUGGCUUAAUAAGCCACUGAGCAGCUUUCAUAGGAAUGAACUGAGCCCCGUCUCCAACGCUGUAUCCAGAUGUUAUUAUACAUACAUUGUCCUGGUGCCAUUAAUCUAUGGCUGACAAUAGCCCCAACAAAUGCACAAUUUCCAUCUGUUUGAGGCUUGCUAAAACUACAGUGCCCAGCUGUUUAAGUUAAUUAUUGAGCAUUUAAAAAAAAAAAUUGCAUUUGUGACCCCUUUUCAAAGAUUUAUAUCUUUAUUGGGACCAAUAGGGUUGGAGCUAAGAGCCACAAACAGUUGUUAUUUGUUGACAAUAAGAAAAAUACAGAAUAACACAAAUGAUACUUUAUUGCAUGCUUGCUCCCUGUACAUUAGCAAUCACAUGAAUUAAUUUUCAUGGGUAAAAAGGAUUCUGGGCCUUUUAUGGCCCACAUAACAAACCACAGAUUUUUCUUGUUGAAGCAGCUAGGUUCAAACAAAGAUCAAGAACUGUUAGCAAAUGCUAGUUAAAUCAGGUCUGAAAAAACACGAGUUUAAUUGGGAGGAGGACGACACAAACGUAGGGGUUGGUGUGCGGUGUAUGAGUUCACAGAUUUGUGCCGGAAUGUGAUGAAUGAGUUUUUAACACUAAAUAAACGUAUGUAUGUAUG